AUGGUGAAACCUACCGUGCUCAUCGUCGGCACGCCUGACACCAAACUCGAUGAGAUCCUCUACCUCAGAGCGCAAAUACUGGCCGAGGGAACGUGCAGUACCAAGAUCCUCGAUGUAAGUCACAGCAUCCCAGCUAAGCUGAGGGCGCCGUUGGACAGCCUUCCGUCCGGCGAAGUGGUUUCUCCUCUGGAAGAACACAGCUCUACCUUGAAAGAGCUCUCGCGCGGCGAGUAUAUCGACAAGGCCAUCGAAUUGUGCACCCCUGUCGUCAAGGAUCUGGUCUCCAAGUCAGCCGUCCAAGGUGUGGUCUCUGCGGGUGGAAGUAGUGGCUCGUCGCUCGCAACGGCCUUUAUGCGCCAUGCCUGUCCGGUCGGAUUUCCCAAGCUGAUGGUGUCGACCAUGGCCAGCGGCGACAUCAAGCACUACGUCGAGGAAACGGACAUCACCAUGAUGUAUAGUGUUGUUGAUAUUGCUGGAGUGAACUCGAUCCUCAAACGGAUCUUGUCCAAUGCUGCUGCUGCCAUCUCUGCCAUGACGGCCUCGUAUGCCAAAUCCCUCGUCGAUACUUCGGUCGUCGCCGCCAAAGGCAAGCGUAUCGCCAUUACAAUGUUUGGCAAUACCACGCCGUGCGUCGAUGCGGUGCGUCACAUUCUCACUUCAGCACCUCACGACGCCUCGGACUACGAGAUCUACGUCUUCCACGCGACCGGCUCGGGCGGGCGUGCCAUGGAGCGCCUCAUUGCGGAGGGACAGAUCGACGCCGUGAUCGAUCUCACCACCACAGAAAUCCCCGACGAACUCUUCGGCGGCGUCCUGACCGCCGGGCCCGAUCGGCUCGAGAUUGCCGCAAAGAAGGGCCUCCCCAUGAUUGUGUCUGUUGGGGCUUGCGACAUGGUGAACUUUGGGCCCAAGGACAGCGUGCCGGAGAAGUACAAGGACCGCAAACUGUUAGUGCAUAACCCUGCCGUGACGCUGAUGAGGACGACCGUGGACGAGAACAAGAAGAUCGGCGAGUUCAUCGUCAACAAACUGUCCACCCACGCCACCAACCCGGGGGCCAUCCGCGUGCUGAUCCCCGAGAAGGGCGUCAGCAUGUUGGAUGCGGCCAAUAAGCCGUUCUUCGAUGAGGAGGCCGACAAGGCACUCUUCGACACCAUCCAGGAGGGCCUGGAGGGGACCGGGAUCGAGGUCGAGAAGCACGACCUGCACAUCAACGACGAGGCCUUCGCCGGCCACGUGGCCAGCGCCAUCCUGGAGGUCAUGGGUGUCACCCAGCGGAACUACCGCCUGGCCAACGCGCGCCGGCGAAAGUGGAGCUUCGACCACGGCGCCUCCGUCAUGCUGGCCCGGCGAAGUAGCCAGAUCGAGAUACCGGACGCUUGA